CAGCAGAACAGAGCAGCCAUGGAAGUGCUCUCCAACUCUGCCUCUGUGACUGUUAUCAUUUCCAAGCAUUCAUCAUUCAAACCUCAAAAGAGUCAAAUCCCCUCCAUAACCCUAAAAAAAUUCCCCAACCCACAGAAUAAAAACAACGCAUUUAAUCUUUCUUCUUCUUCUUCCAUUAGUUUCUCUCCAAAAACAUCCUUAACAACAACAACAAUUUCCACUUCUGUGUCUCCAUCUUCCUUAACCUCAGACAAACGCCGCUGGAUGGUCCUCAUGGAGGCUCCGCCACAAGGGCUCAACUCGAAAGCAGAGAUCGUAGAUUACUAUGUCAACACCCUCCAGAGAGUUUUGGGCAGCGACAAGGACGCUCAAAUGUGUAUAUAUGAUGCUUCUUUGGAGACCCACUUUGGAUUUUGCUGUGACAUUGAUGAACAAACUUCUCUCGAGCUCGCUCGUGUACCUGGGGUCUUAUCCGUUAGGGCUGAUCCAGAUUUCCAUUCUGUGAAAAAGGAUUAUGAUCCUUCAAAUGUUCAAUCGGUAGAUCUGCCUAGUCAAGAAACUGGAACUACCCUUUUGUUCCCAAUGGGGAAUACUAAACACUGGCUUGUUAGAAUGGACAAGCCAGGGAUUGGGGUUGUUUCAAAGGCUCAGAUGGUUGACUAUUAUGCGCAGAUUCUAGCUAAGGUUUUGGGGAAUGUAAAGGAUGCACAAAUGUGUAUAUAUCAUAUUUCCUGGCAGUCAAACUUUGGAUUUUGCUGCGAACUUGAUGAGGAGUGUGCACAGGAACUAGCUGGUGUGCCCGGCGUUUUGUCCGUCCUGCCAGAUAAAAAUUUUGAAUCGUGGAAUAAAGAUUACGGAGGUAGUAAUCUACAAAGUUCUGCAGAUCUGUCAUACUCUUCAGAAGGAAAUCAAACAACCCCUGUAAAAACAAAGAAACUAUUUGUGACCGGCCUGUCAUUUUAUACAUCCGAGAAAACCUUGCGUGCAGCGUUUGAAGGUUUCGGUGAGCUCGUUGAAGUUAAAAUAAUCAUGGACAAGAUAUCUAAAAGGUCGAAAGGUUAUGCAUUUAUAGAGUACUCCACGGAGGAGGCGGCUGGUGCAGCGCUCAAAGAAAUGAAUGGCAAGAUCAUCAAUGGCUGGAUGAUAGUUGUUGAUGCUGCAAAGCCGAAAAGUAGCCCGCCAAGACAUGACAGAGGCCGGACGAGACAGUCUUGAGAAGGAGGGAGAGAGGUAGAGAGAUAUUUACACUAACAUCAAGGGAUUGAUCUCCUGAGUGUCACAGCCUCUUUACUUUUCAACAUGAGCUCUUAAAAACAGUUUUGUUAGCCAUGUAAAAUUUUAAUUGCCUACAUUUUGUUAAAUUUAGGGGUAAUUUGCUAAAAUUGAAUAUUUAGUGCAUGCCAAUCUUUAAAA